CUAUCGAUCUCCUAUAGGAGAGGAUGCUGGGAUUGCUGGGGCCUAGCCACGUGUCUAUGUCCCUCUGUUCUUGUAGAAUCCUUCAGUUGUCCCUUAUUUUCUACCACUAUUGAUUUGUAAUGGGAUAACGAAGCUGCCCCCAUGUUGAAGAUUCCCGCACGUUUUAAACAAUGUGACCUCAGUGUUUCCCUUGCGUUUGAUUAUUGUGACUGCAUUGUCAACAUGGGUACUCGUGCUGCUGCAUUUACAGCCAAAAUACGCAGCUUAUAUGACUACCAACUGCGGCUUAUGCAGGGGGUUAUGCCUCCUCCUUCGGGGGUUGACAUAGCAAACACUAUCAAAUACUUCACACAAACACUCCUAACCGUUCUCAAAGAUGUACCCAAUUCACCUCUAGAUCUUUUGAAAAAUCCAGAAAUGGAUUCAGUACGCAUGGGACUUUUUCCGAGCUUAGACUACAAAGGGCUUUACAAUUCACUCGUUCCUUUAAUCGAAGUCGCGCCACUCAUCCAAUACGGACUCAACUCUUUCGGACAAGCCACCCUUCAAUGCCUCGGAUGUCUUCUGCCUUUCCUAGAGCACGACCUCAUUGACAAUUUGCCUUAUUUAACCGCAUCCUCAAUAGCAGUCCUUCCUAGCAGCCUUCACCAAGACAUUGUCAACUCGUUAUGUUUUUACAUCCUCCCAUUUACGAUAACACGACACAAUGACCGAGAGCAAGAAAUCUGUCAGUCAGUAUCGGCCGUAAUCAUGAUGGUGUUUCAAUAUUCAACAAACCCCGCUCAUCACUGUCAACUUCUCGAAUGUCUAAUGACACUCAAGAAGAACAUUCUUAAAGACAUUCUGAGCGUAAUCGCCUAUGGUACGUCAACAGCACGAUCCUCAGCAGCCAAGCUCUUAUUUUAUUACUGGCCUACAUUCAACGCAAAUUUAUUUGACCGGAAAAAUCUAAUUUGCAAGUUCGCAGAUCCUACACCUUUUGUUUGCAAACGAGACAUGUGUCCAAAUGCCGGAAACGCUGAAGCCGCCAAAGUGUGUUACGAUCAUUGUAUUUCAAUCACUUUCGCUAGUGAUACUCCGCCGCCCCUUUACUUGUGUAUUGAAUGCGCUAACGAGAUCCACAGGGAGCACCCCAAUCAAAUGUUUUUCGAUAUUCUACACCCGAUGCAACAAGUGUCUAUGGUUUGUGAAAAUAAAAAUUGUCGAUCGACUGAUAAGUCGGCAAUUUCAAUCUGUUUUUCGACCGAAUGUGCGAGUUAUAAUGGCAAUCACCCGAUUAGAUAUUGUGAGCAGUGUCACAACAAUCGACAUAAUAACAGAAGGGGAGGAGAUCACAUCGUUCACAAAAGCUUGCCACCAACUUGGAGUAUGGAUGCAGAAAUGCAAACCUACAUGGUGGAAGCUAUUGUGAGUUUGUUGAAAGAAGCAAAAAUCCCCACGAUUGAGACAAAGGAGAACGUGGAGGGUAAAGCUCCGAUCCCUGCUGUUGAUAAUAUAACAGUAGAGGAGCGACAGCUUCUAGGUAGAUACGGUGUUUGGUUGUUGGUGGGGAGAUGUACCCCAACAGACAAUACACCAAAUGAAGUAUUAGGGCGGCUUUUAGCAAUGCUUUUCCAUUGGUUUCAUAUGACUGCGUAUUCAUAUGAUGGUAAAGCAACUUACUUUCAAAGUCUGUGUAACUAUUAUCUUGCGUUUUGUACAGGCCAGGAAGAAAGUACCUUAGAGAAAUUAAAGACUGAAAAUGUAUGUGGUUGGCUGAGAGAAAUCAGUAAAACCCAUUAUAAACUUUUUAUUUCAUGUCUUUUACCCCAUCCUCCUGAAUACGCCCGAAUCGGAGGCCACUGGGAUACUUUAGCUUCACGUACUUCUCAUUUAAAAGAUGGUCUUAACCGCCUGUUUUGCCUAGUACCAUACGAGGUAAUAACGCAAGAAAUUUGGGACUAUGUAAUGCCGCACUGGAUGGAAGCCAUAGUUAACGACGUUCCUGAAAAAGAACUCUCAGAACUCCGAAUCAUCCUGAGCAAAAUCCUUGAUACCGAAAUGAGCCCUUUGGGAUUUGACGCCAAAAAGAUGUACCAAUUCGUCGCUGGAAGGUUCCAAAAAACCAACGCUAAAGUCCAAGAGCAGGCCCUUCACUGGCUCCAAACCUUGACCAUGUUAGAAAUCAUUAUUCCGCUACACCUCCUCUUCACGAUAUUCGGCGAUGGUGUCACUUAUAUGAAAGGAGGAGUCGACGAAACCGCCGAAAAAGCAAUCCAAUACUACGACGCGGAAACAACUGAGGGACCAAAACGCAACUCAAUUUGUAAGUACACUAAGUGUUUGCACCCACUUGCACCUCCACUUUUCGCUCUUGUAGCACCUGUAAUCGAAGACUGCGAUUCAGUCAAGACAUCAUUUUCAGAUGACGAAAACCGGUUUUCCCAACGAACCGAAUUCGAGUCAGACGCAGAGCAUAAUCUUUUUUGUUGUAUACUUAUGUUGGAUAUUUUACUCAAACAAAUGGAGCUUCAAGAUAUUGACAAACACACCGGUCUUAAUUCCUCGUUAUCUAAAGAUGUUUGCUGGCUUUUGAAAUGUAUGAUCACAGCAGCUUGGAUUGGAAAUCACUCGUGUUCGUCAAAAUCGGAAUGUAGCUACUGCGAGAGUAGCAUAAUGUGGCACCAACUCUCCCUCCAACUCAUCAAGUAUCUCUCCCCCAUUUACCCAGCACAUCCGCCGGACCCACCACUAGAAGAAAACUGGGACGAACACAGUCGGAAAAGCCCUCCCGAGAGCGAUAAGAAAGAAUCAAAAUCAGACGUAGUCCUCAACAUGCCCAUUCCUGAAGUGCAUUCUGUAGGAGGAGUUCUAGUUCAUAUGCCACACGUGUGUUCUAUAAUGACCGCAACGGUGGAAACCGUCUCCGAGCAAUUAGACCUGGCUGCAAUCAUUCCAGCCGAAAAGGUAGUCUCCGCAGUGGCUCGAGCCAUCACGCUCUCCGAGACUGACGUCGCUGCGGCCACCGUUCAAGUAGCCAAACCCCAAGUCAUUGGGGAGAACGAUGAGCCGGUGGAACCGGAGCCUGGAGACGAUUUAAACAAUUUUUGGCAAACAUCAGUCGGCAAGUUUAAAUUUUGCGUCGACGAUCUACCACAACCUUUGCAAUAUAUACACCAACUGCUGCAAGAACUGUCAAAAGUUGACAAACCAGAUAUUUUGUAUUACAUGCUCCAGUGUCUCAAUAUUCUUAUUUUGCACGGAGAUGCAUGUACUAAAGCUUCGAAAGAACAUAGAGGGUUUUUUAUUUGGUGUCAAGAAAAUCUUCUCAUCAAAAAUUUAUGGGAACUGUGCAAUUCAGAGCAUUCUCAUAUUUGCCAGGAAGUUGUUCCUUUGUUGCUUCACUGUAUCACCCUGCCGGCAGGCUCAGAUGUUUUUUGGCGUGUGAUUCAAGAAGCCUUCCACAGCAACGAUUGGUGUGUUAGAUUCACAGCUGUUGAAAGAGUCACAGUUAUGGCCAGAUUUAUGGAUUCUAGUCCAUUACGAAAUAUUUUACCCUUACAAGCAGCUUUAGCAAAUGCUUUCUGUUAUUUAAUUUCAAGUAUGGAUGAUAGUAACAUCUAUGUGGCCCAAAGAGCUACUCUAUAUCUUGGUACUAUUCAUGAUUUUGCAGUCAAGUCUUUAAUAAUGUGUCUAGAGACUCAGUUUGAUACAGUCAUUGUUGAUAGACCAAUGGUACUCCAGUGCUUAUACCAACUACACAACUCUCUCAGUGAGCGAAAAAUUUUAACUUGGGAAUUUUUUCUGAACCGUUUUGAUACCCUAUUUCUUGAAGCCCAAAUUACGUUAGAAAAAACCGGUGAUAUCACAUGUCUACGAGAUUUGCGCAAUACUGACCUAAACAGUGAAACCUUUUUACGCAAAUUGCAUCGAGCACAUGAAGCUCUUUCCCAGUCAGACGGUAGUGGUGCAAGUUCAGUUAAAACACUAAGUGCCAGUUUUGGCACGAAAUGGCCUUACAAACGUACAAUGUCAGCACCAGCGUCAAUUAUACCUCGACAUGAGAACAAAGUAAUUACAGAAACUAAAGAAAAAGUGUACAGCCGGCAAUAUUCCGCACCAAUACUAAAGAGGAAAAGUUCGCGAUUUGGAAUCGAUGGGCACAUGCAUUCACUCAAUAUGGCUGAUGAUCAAAAUAUCAUGAAUUUUUUACAAAGAGUUAUUGAUUUGGAAGAAGCUGACAAGGAAACGAUGCAUUUACUUGUUUUCCUUCUUUUGCAAUUUCUGUCACGAUCGGAUCAAGCAUAUCCCGCAGAAGAGAAAAAUUUAGCAAAAAUACAAGGAAUUGUUUUGAGGCAUCUUUAUUUACUUCUCGGGUACAGUCAAAAUGACCGUGGGCUUUAUUUGCCGCCUCAUAGACUAAGAUCUUCACCGGCAUUUAGCGUUUUCUUAUCAAACCUUCCGCAAUUGUUAGACCAAAAUAAUCUAAUGGGGCGACUUCUUCUCCCAACUUGUCUCAUCAUCCUCCAAUACGCACCCUCACCUUAUUACAUUUCAAACACACUGGAUUUUCAACAACCGACGUACAGUUUAUGGACAUUAGAACCUCAUUUUAGAAGAAACUGGUUAAUGGCACUUGUAGUACUCUUGUAUAAAUAUCAAUACAACCAACAACCACAUUGUAUGCAAUUGACAUCGUUGAUAAGAAUAGUUUUAAAUACACUAGAUUCGCAACAUCACCACUGCCGAAGAAUUCCAGCGACGAUUAUCAUGGGGGCUCCUCCAUCCCGUUCACGUGACGUAAGUCAACCAUCUUUAGGUACAGAAAAUGAACAUGCUGAGCGGACUACACCUCCAUUAUCUCCGAUGUUUUCUUCCGAUGGUCAGUCAGUCCAAGUCUCGAUUAGUUCAAAGGGUGGCAAAGCCCAAGUGGUUUACGCUAAGCCCUCAUCCACCACCAGCAUGGAGACACACUGGGAGGAAGCAAUCCAGUGUAUCCAACCGGAGAAAGUUUGGGACAAAAAUGUAAAAAAACUAAUCGAUUUCAGUGCAGACGCAGACGAUACGGAAUCUGAACUAAUCGCAAUCCCGGAAAGUGAUAUGUCAGAUAGUACCCUUCAUGGAAGCAUACAAGAUUCAUUUGAUGAAGGUAUGGAAGAAAGUUGUAAUUUACAAAGCAAACAAGUUUGUACAAUGAUAAAAACCCAAGAAACUUUAGAUACCGCCGUUAUCAAAUCACCAAAAGAAGGCUACAUCAGUCAGUUAGUUAGGACUUCAAGCAAUAAAAGACCAACAUGGAUCAUAGGAAGUGAAGAUGAAUCCGUUAAAACAUACGACAAUAAGAAACUAGAAGGGCCAAAAUCACCAUGUGAAUAUACGAAAAACUGUGCCAAAAUGAACUCGACCACAUCGCUGAAUCUUAUCAAUGGGUCCCAAUUUUCUAAAAACGAUUUUCACAAAGUUGCCAAUGUUGACACUCAUGCUAAACCAACACCCUUGGGGAAACACAAGAAGGUUAUAGAACCGAGUAUAACACCUGUGUGUACCCCAGUUUCAGACUGUGAUGACUGUUUCAAAAGCAACCAAUCAAUGAUUCCGGCACCAUCUUUAGAACGUCUACUACCAAUCGGAGCCAUACGUCCGUCAGAGUCAUCUCGCGAUAACGUCUUCUCGCCAACUCUCGAAUCCCAACUGGAAAUCCCAAGCCAAGAACGUCUCCUUCCCAUCGGCCAACACACCAAAGACAUUUCCCAGUUAGUGGACAAAGUCCGACAAGCUCUAGGCAUCAAUGCCCAACUGAGCAAACCCGAGAAUAAGAAACCCGACAAAAUCUACAACACGAAAGAGGAACCAGUUCAGUCCCACAGCCCUCGCCGCCUAAUCAAGCAAGUGGCCUUAGAAAGUCCCCCGAAUCAAGGCGAUUUCGACGAUAACGGACACUUCUUCAAAACAAUCAAAUCUGAUAAUCAACGCGAGACUAUGGUCAAUCAAAGACAACGUAUGCGUAAAAUGGGGCCUUUUACCAUGGGUUCAUAUUCGAUUCAUGACCCACGGCGACCCGGAGCUUGGUUUAGCCCUCAGCUAUCCCCAAAGAUUGAAGGAAGUGAUAUGAAGCAAAGCUCGUUUCGAAUUGGAGAUGAAUGUGUGAAUGAGAGGUGUUCCGAAUGUGGAACUGUCAAAGAAGAGUACAGCGAUGAGGAAAUUGGGCUUUGUAUUGUGACUUUAGGAACGUUCAUUCAUAGAGAACCAGCCCUAGCUGCACCCUUACUACCCGACAUACUAAGCAUAGUGGCCAAAGUUGCAACCAAUGUGAUGUAUCCAUGGCAAACUGAGAGUAAUAUACACCUACCAGGCGGGGCUAUCAGUGUAGCACACCAGUUUUUACGAUGUGUUUUACACCAAUUGGCACCUAAUGGGAUUUUUACCCAAAUGUUUCAAACAAACGCAAGCGAAACCGUAAGAGUCCAGUUUUUCAAAAGUGUGAUUCAGGCUUUGAUUGAUUUCAAUGAGUUAAACCCUGUAGCACCUCUGCAAUUAUUAUUAGAGACUCUCAAUUCGAAGAAAACUCUACCAGUUGAAAUUCUACCAACAAUUCUUCAAAAUAUGGCUUGUUAUUUAAACUGUCUGCCUGUGGAAGCAGCUUUAGGUCCAAGUACGCCUCUAUGGAGUACAGUUUUACAACAACUUGAAACUCUCUAUAGACGAAUGUUAUUUUUGUUGAACACGUUUGAUGAUAUUAUGCCACUUCUAAAAAUCAUGAUUUCGGUUUUUAAAAUACCACUAAUAUCGCAGUUUAAGGGAAUUUUGGAACCAUUUUCGAAAGUACUGAGUUAUGCGAUACAGACCAACGUCUUAAAAUACAGUUGUUUGGUUGAGAUUUGUUAUUUGUGUAACCGGGCGUUUACAAAAGAAAGGGAUAAAUUAAUUCUAAGCCGAAUGGUAGUGUUUGAGCUAGUCCAAGCUUUAAAAUUCAAAACAACAAUUCCUGAUUCAAAUUUACUUAUGUUGAUAAAUUUGAUUUUGCAAGAUGUUGGAGGUUCAAUUCCUGCAAAUGUUGUUAUCAAAGACGGUCCUUUAUUAUCAAUGGAAUAUGGCCCUGCUGUCACUACCGGCAUAUCAGAAUGUAUGAAACUCCAUCUUGGGGACAUUUUAGAAUUUCUAACUGACUUUCAUACAAUUUCAAAAAUGAAAAGCUACUGUAAAGGGAUUAACGUAGGCCUAAACGAUGACACUCUAGGGGGAAUUAUCAAAUGUAGUGUCGCCCAAUAUUUAGCGCUUGAAAUAACGAAAGGUAACGGCCGAGACAAUCGAGCAGUGAUCAGGUAUUUCCCAUGGCUUUACAACACUUCAGUUAUACAACAAUCCCCCAGAGAAUUUAUCGAAUGUAUAGGCCACAUUCGACUAUUAUCAUGGUUACUUUUAGGAUCUUUAACUUACACAGCUUUACAUGGAAAUCAAGGUCAGAAUAUUAGUCAACCGAUACCGCAAGAAGCGUCUUGCCAAAUUGCAGACCAUAUUCAAACAAUAAUGGCAGGAUUUGCUGAACAGCCUAAGACAUCCGUCCUACACAUGUCUUCCCUGUUUCACACUUUCAUUUUAUGCCAACUGUGGACUAUCUACUUAGAACAAAGCCUAAACACUAAUAUGCCUACAACAGAGGCCUACAAUGUGACUAUGAACAUUUUAUUCGAAUUUUGGGGCAAAGUAACACCUUGUAUCCUUCAGUUAAUACAACAAUCAAAAAUGUUGAGUGAAAUUGUAAGUCUCCACUUCUUAAGCAUGUUAGAAGCGUUAUUAGAAUGUCAUUCAACAUUCGUGUCAAAAUUAUUACCCUUAUGGACACCGGUGCUUUGUUCGAAUCAAAUACAACUACCUGGGCAUUUACAAGUGCGUUUACAAAACUGUCGGAAUUGUCCACCCACCAUACACACAGAGACAUUACCCGACAAAAUAAAAAUCAAUUUACAUAAUCCAAUACUAUUGAAAUGGUUACAAAGAUUACAAUUCAAAAUGGGCCAAAUUGAACUGCAAUCAUCAACAGCGACACAAUUUUAUUCAUUGUAAUCUAACAUAAGUAGUGAAUUGUUAAAACAGUUGAUAAAUUUAUUUAAACAUGUCAAACAUUUAUACAUGACUCAUUGUUGUAAUAAAUAUG